AUGCUGAAUUUCGAUGAGAUUCUCGGCCGAGUCGACAGUCAUACACUUCCUAAUACAACAACCAGUACAAAUCGGCUUCUCGGCACCGCUUCAACAUCGGAUCAUACAGAUCAACCGGUAGUGCAAAACUUCACGGUUCGUGCGGGCGUCGAAAAGGAAUUGUACGGAAUUUUGAGUUCCAGCGAGAAUUUAUGGUCUAGAGGUGGCGAAUCAGUCAAGUCGCACUUGGUGUUUGGAGAACGAGGAAUUGAACUGCCAUCACGAGAGCCGAAGCCGGCUAGACAAGAGGAAAUUCUUCAAGACGAUGGUACAACCAUCGUGCAGCCUCCAAUGGUCACUGAUGAUAUUGACCAAGAUGAGCUUGAGGAGGACGUGGCUCGAGUGAAGAUGGAGGCUGAUCGCGCAUUCUUCAACCAUAUGCUUCUCUCCAGACCUGCUGCUGUUCCAAUAACUCCAGCGCAACCAUUUAAUCGGGAUUCGAUGGUGGCUAGUAAUGGAACAUUCGUGAAUCCGAAUAUCUCUGAUAGAAGAGAGCUCAUUUUUGGCGACAAAUUGCACAAAUUCCUGAAUAGUAAUGGAAAGAAGAACAUUGUUGAAUUGAUGAAAGAGGCGGUGAAUGAAAGCGGAACCGAUGGAUCUCUCGGCGAUGUUUGGAGCGACGUUCUUUCACUUCUCACGAGAAAAACGAUUACUGAUCGCGAUGAUAUCACGACGACGGCGACGUUGCUCGAAGACGGCUGCAAUUAUUUGCAGAAGACGUUCGCUGAUCAUAUGCAGAAUGUCGUCGAGAGAAAUUUGGAGAUUGCCGAACGCGGAGGAGUCCCGGGAACGAGAGGGCUCGUCAACGCCUAUCUGAAAGUCGGCACCGAGGAUCCGUUCCACGCCGAAGAUGAUAGUAUUGACGGAUUGCCCACCUGGCAGGUGACUUAUCACUGUGUUCGAGCCGGAGAUGCCCCGGCAGCCGCAGAAGCUCUGAAUCGGUUGAAGUCUUUCCCACAAUGCGCCACACUUGUCGCAUCUCUCAAUCAUAUUGCCAAAUAUCAAAAACUUGACGCCGAUUUGAAGAAGAAGCUUAAAGUUGAAUGGAGGCACAAUGCUGGCCACAUGAAAGACAAGUACAAGCGUGCUUUGUACGCGGCGCUUCUCGGCGGAUUAGAUAAUGCGACACUUUCGGACACUUUGGAGAAUUGGAUCUGGUUCAAAUUGCAUCCGCUUCGAGUCGAUCCACAACUAACGCCUCUUCUGUUCAAGGAAGUUCAAAAGGCGGUUUCUAUCGAUUACGGAGAGCAGUACUUUAUGGCAAAUGGUCCAUCCGACUUUCAAUAUUAUUUCACGGCUCUUUGGCUCUCUGGACAAUUUGAGAGAGCGAUUUAUUUGCUUCACGAAUGUGGCCAACGUGUCGACAGUGUUCACGUUGCCAUUCUUGCCCAUCGUUUAGGAUACCUUCGAAUGACGGAAAAGUCCACCGAUGACAUGUUAGUUGUUGACUCAUCGGAACCGACGAAAUGCUAUUUGAAUCUUGCCCGAUUAAUUGUUGCUUACACCAAGAGUUUUGAGCUUAUCGAUGUUCCGAGAUCAUUAGAUUAUUGGUUCCUUUUGAAGGGGGUAACCACUCCGACGGGAUCUGAUGUGUUCGAGAUGGCGGUUAGCAGGGCAGUGUACUUGACGAAUGAAACUGACGCAAUUCUUGGAAAAUUGAAUGCCGCGGGAAGACGGGAACCUGGAUUGAUCGAUGAAUAUCUUGAUGACCCUUCGGAGGUAAUUGGUCGAGUUGCGAGCGAUACGGAGCUCUCUGGACAAUGGGAGCAUGCUGUUGGGUUGUACUUGCUCGCUGGAAUGCCGACACAGGCUGCCAGCUUGUUAUCAUCGCAAAUUAGCGAGACAUUAAGAACUGACAACAUGGAGCGCAUUCGAGAGUUGGUGCAAGUUUCUGAGCAGUUUAGACAAGUUCAAAAAGGAUGCAAACAGUCCGAGUAUGCGACUCUCAGCCUUCUUGUCGAUCUUUGUCGUCUCUUCGAGCAUUGUCAUAACGAGGAUGCCGAGCAGGCUUACAUUGCGAGCAAAGCGCUGAGACUGAUCCCAACAGAAGCCGAUCAAGUGACGGUGAUCGUCAACGAGUUUCACAUGGUCCCGCAAAAAGUGCGCGAGGUUCUUCCCGACACCUGCCUUCAUUUGAUGCAAUGCUUGGUCGACUUCUGCAUUCGACAAUCGACGUCGAUCACCGAACGCAGAAACGUCUCGAUAUUUUCAUCGUCGAAUCGCUAUGUGAAGCAGGUAAAUCAAUGGUUUUAUUCCAGAAAAUCAUAA